AUGCAAAAAUUUUUUUUUCAUUUUGUAGGUACAUUCACGAUUAAUAAUGAAUUUUGUUCUUGUUGCAUUCUUCGUUCAAUUAUCAAAAAUAUUCAUAUAAAUAGUGAUAAUCCAUGUAAAUCGUUUCGAGAAUUAUCACAAGCAUCAGCUGUCUCCAUGGCUCAGCAAAUUACCAAUUUAUCUUCAAAUUUCAUUAGUGGUCGCCAAGAAGACCCAUCUGAAUUUUUACUUAUUCUACUUGAUCAUUUGGCACAAUGUCUUUCGUGUAGUGAUAGUCCAUCUUAUUCAACACAUUCAACAAAUCCAAUACACCUUAUAUUCGGUAUCACAAUAGAAUCAUCAAUUAAGUGUACUCAAUGUCUGAAUGACUCCGUGCAAAAAAAUUAUGAAAGCAUUUGGACAAUUCCUAUUAUACUUUAUUCCAGUGUUGAAGAAGCUAUCAGUGCUUUUUGUUCAACAGAAGAUAUUGGUAGUGAUGAUCUAUUUACUUGUUCACAAUGUCAAAGGAAUGUAAUAGCAUUAAAAACAACACAAAUUAUCGAUGCAUCACCCGUUAUUUGUAUACAGUUAAAACGAUUUAUUUAUGACAAGGAAGCAAAAAACAUUCGUAAAGUAAAAAAGUAUAUCUCCUAUCCGGAAAUUCUUGAUCUUACAUCAUGUAUUAGCAAAGAAAUUUUGCAAUCAGAUAAAGAAAAUUGUCAAAUAAAUCAAUUUAUUUAUCAACUAAAUGCUGUAGUAGUACAUAUUGGUGAGACGGUUAAUAGUGGUCAUAUACAUUCGUAUAUUAAGUCUCCUGAUGCUUUGUGGUACAAAGCAGAUGAUGAAUUAAUUACAAAAAUCGAUUUAUCUAAAGUGCUUGCUGAUAAUGAUUCGUACAUUUUGUUUUAUACCAAAUUCACAAACGAAAAAAUUAUUCUGUGGGAAUCACAAUGUAGUACGCCUUUUAAAAAAUUAUCAAAUUUAAUUUUAUCAUCGACUCCUGCACAUCUUGGUGAACAAAAUCUUGAAACUUUUGAUGAUGAUACAACGAUUGCUAAAAAUUUUACAUUAAAUAUUUCUCGUAUCGAUGAUGAGUUGCAGACAGAAGUUUCUACAGACGACAAUCGUAAUUCGACAAUAAAUUCUUUAAAUAUACAUGAAAAUACAUGUAACAGUAAUGCACCACUUAAACAUGCCAUUCCAUUACAAACUCACUUAUUUCAAGAAGAUAUUGCAGAAGCAAUUGAAGUUCAAACGGAAAGUCGAAUUGAAAUCAUACCAAGAAAGAACUUAAACAGCGAAUAUUCAAAUUGUUUAAUGUCAUCUGGUCCAUCACGUUCAUCUUUAAAAUUUGAAACACCACAUAGUGGGGUAUCAACAAAAAAACAAGUUUUAUUUGUUGACGAUUUUUCUGAAUCAUCGAUUGAUUCAACUUUGCAUGAUAUAAGCUCAGAAAUGAGUACUGUUUCACCUCAAAAUGUUUCUAAUCAAGAUGUACAAGACAAUGAUAAUUUUCACAUUCAACUAUCAUCUUCAUAUCAAUUUAAAUUGGAACCAAUUGAUCUCGUGAGGCUUAAAUCAAUUCAAACAACAAAACUUAAGAAGAAACAUGAUCGUAUGUGUGAAGCUAUGGGUUUAUUUCUUGAUUUUAAUGGCAAACCAAAGAAAAAAAUUUUUUUAUCAAAGGAAGCUAAAGAAACAAGUAGCUCGGUCAACAAUUCAGCUAUCGGAUCAGUUGUGCUGAACAAUGGCAAUUGUCAUAUUAAUGUCACUAAUACAACAAUUGUUCAUCCUCGUGGAUAUAAAAUUUGUCGUCCGAUUAGAGAACCAAUACGUUCUCUUAUCAAAAAACAGUUUUCUGCUGGUGCAAGUGUUUAUCGUCUUCAUAAAGAGUAUUUACAGAAACGAACAAGUGAACAAAUAAAAGGAUAUAACUACGAUGGCAUAGGUAGAAGUCGAGAUAUUUUUACAAAAAUAAAAUCUGAAAAUGUUAAUGAAGCUUUGUUAGCUUCAGAUGUUGAUGAAGCUAUACAUAAAUUACAUGAACGAUUUAAAAAUGAAAUUAACAUUUCUGGAAAAGUUCAAGGUGCUAUUCAAGUCGUUUCAAAACAUCCAUGUCAAAUUAUUGAUAUAAGAAAAACUAUUAACAAGUACAUUGAUGAAGAAUAUCAGGAGCUAUGUAUGUGGUCAAUAGCUUUGUUGAUCAACACUUCGACCUGGUCCGAAUUCAAAGAAAAGUGGAAAUUAUUUUGUAUUGUUUUCUUGCAAUUGUAUGCUGCCAAUGGUGUUACUCAUAAAGAUAAUAAAGAUAUUUUACUCCAGAAGAUACGUGAUAUUAAAUCAGAUCCAAAUACUGUAGAUGCUAUUAAAUUAACUGAACCCAUUCGUGAUGUAAAUGGAACAAUAACAUCAAAUAUUUAUUCAUAUCAGUCAGGUGAUGAAGAAGAAAAUGAUGGUGAUGAACUAAACAAUUGGCCUUCAAGAUUGACAAAACCUAAGGUUAGAAAACUAUUGUAA